UAUCAGCAAUUCAGAUAACAGAUAUACAUGGGAUUUUAACCACCUGUUAAUCACCAAAUGAAAGAAUUUUGCGUUGGCCGAUUGCAUUAUAAAGGAGGCUAGGAUCAAAAAACAUGCACACGACAACUAAUACAAGCAAGACAGCCAUGGCAGUCUUUCAUGAUCUUCGGCUGAUGUCUCUGGCCGUGCUGAUGCUGGCGUCUCAGUUGGACUUUGCCAGCGCUGCUGUUCGAGUGUUUGGCUUAUAUGGAAGGGACCUCACCGGUGAUCCUGCUGGAAACAAACCUGAUCCAUACGUCAAGGUCUGGUGUGGCUCUACUUUUGGGGGUCAGACAGAAUAUAUCAAGGAUACUGCUCAUCCUACAUGGUCUGCAGAGUUCAACUUCCCAAAUUGCAAAGCAAACGAUAACCUGAAGCUGGAGGUGUGGGACAAAGACCUGAAUUUUGAUGAUAAAUUGGGCACAUGUACCAAACAGGUGCAAAAUGGGUCUUUCAGCAUUAAUUGUUAUCUGAACAAAGGUACUGUGUUUUACAGGUAUGAAGCAAAAUAAACCUGUUCUAAAUCAGCAGUUUGUAAAGCUGUUUUGAGACAAACAUCCUUUAUAAGAAGCUCAGUAGUAAUAAAGUACAACAGCACUGAACA